UUCAACUACAGGUUCAAGUGUCCUUGCCAUUGCAAUCCAAAAUCAAGCAAGAUAAAGAAGGAGGAUUUUUUCAAGAGGAGGUUUCGUUGAUUCUUUCCAGAGAAGAAAAGAUGUUUGAUACUCUUGGACUCAUUUGCAUGGUUUGGUGGUGUAUGAUGCUAUUUCAUUCCUUGCACGCUGUCAUCCAGUGUAUAGAGUCAGAGGCACAAGAAUCACAUAUUACAAAUGUGAAAAUGAAUUGGGAAAAAAUGGAACUGUCCUGGGAGAGCAGCAGGAAUUUCUCAAAUUACGAAUGUACCAUCAUGGGCAAGGACAUGGAAGGUAUACAGAAAGAGGUGAAUAGUCCACUGUGCAGGUUUCCACUGGAACAAUACCUGCCUCUGCACGAAGGAGUAGACUUUUCAAUUGAAGUGCCAAACACAAACAUCUCAAAAUCCUGCACCUUUAUCCCUGGAGGCAUGAACGGGUCAGCCAUUGAAAAUUUCUCCUGUGUGAUUUACAAUGUUUCCCUCAUGAACUGCACUUGGCAGGCAGGCAGGGGUGCUCCAGGAGAUACCCAAUACUUUCUCUACUGGCAGAACUCAAGACACAAUGGUGAUGCAGUGGAAUGUGAGCUUUACAUUAAAGAUGAAACUGGCAGAAACACAGGAUGUAGAUUUCAAAAUGUGAAGAUAGAUACUGAAAGAGCUUACUUCCUGGUGAAUGGAUCUAGCAACGACUCCCUGAUCCAGUUCUAUGAUGAGUACAUUCAACUGUAUGAAAUUGAAAUACUCACUCCUCCAUUAAAUGUCGCAGUCAAUUGUACUAGAGACUCAGCGGGUUGCAUAAUUACAUGGCAACCACCCCUCACAAGUCAUGUGGAAAAUGUUAAGUGUUUCCAGUAUGAAAUUAGCAUACAAAAUAAGGAUGAGCCCACAGAAGAGAAAAAGUAUCCUCGUGUAAGGAACAACAUAUAUGAAAUGCAAAAUUACAAUGAGAAAAAAAAAUACAUCCUGAAAAUCAGAGCACGUGGAAAAAACUGUCUCCUAAGCUCAAACUGGGGGGAAUGGAGUGAACCCAUUGAGUUUGGUCAAGGGCAAGAUUACUUUAUUGUGAUUUUAUUUCUGAUAGGCCUUGGAACAAUCUCAGUGACACUGCUUCAAUAUUGUCUUUUCAAAAGGUAUUGCAGUUUCAAAAGCAUUUCUUCCAUUCCACAACCAAGAGACAAAUUUAAUGUAUCAACUGAUGAAGAUAACCAGACAGAAUAUAUACAUGUAAUAAUAAACAGUUGUACCGAGGAAAUAACUACUGUUGAAGAGACAACCUGACUUUCCAAAAAAGAAAACACACUUGGAUUCCUCAACAUGAAAAAAAAUCAUGAAUCUUGCUGACAACUAAGGAGCAUUUCCAAGCAUGCAAUUAGAAAUGAAAAUCAGCCCCUAUAAGACGAUUUGUCUCAUAAAAAUCCACCAAAAAUUGAGAGGGCUAAGAAGUGGAUCAACGCAGUAAAAUGAGUUCUAAUUUGUUCAAAGCCGCAAUACCUGACACCUAGACUUUUCUGCAAACAUCUGCCAUGAAGACUUGCUUAAACCUUGCAGAGAUUUUCUUCACAAUGUGAGACAAGGGCCUCUCAUCUCCAUCAAGGAAGAAACUUCCCAUCAUUUCCUGUCAUCAUUGCUACGACACUUCUUUCCUCUGAAGCUAUUUUGAACAAGAUGAUACAACUGCUCAAGAAUGUCACAGUAGCUGGUUUUCCCAGCUUACCUUUUUUCUAUAGUCAAGUAUUUUCUGAAGGGGAGACUGGCUAUUCAACAGGUAUUCACAACAGUCCUUCAACCAUGCACCCAACACUAAACUGUCUCAGUAUAUUCAACAAACCUUGUGCAAAAUGGUAAAUGAGAAAUGACACUUGUAAAGAAGUAACUAUCAAUGCUAGGCUGCCAGUCAGCCAUUUCUGAUGCCUUCUGAAAAUAAAGGCCUUAGCUGAGCUUUCCCUUUUUUCACAAAACCUAAAUAUUCCCCCAUUAAAAAUAUUUUUCAAAAUGAAAA